AUGAGAUUUCCAAAGUUGUUAUUAAAUAUUGGCUUAAUAUUGAUCACAAGAACAGUGUCUUGCAUGGAUAAUAAUGUAGAAAUUAUCGAUCGUUUUUUACCCAACAACUCGGUACCAAUUCAUUAUAACGUUAAACUAACACCGCAUCUCGAAGAAGGCAAUUUUACUUUCUACGGUGAAUCCAAUAUUACAAUCGAGAUUCGUUAUGAAUUGUCAAAUAUAACUUUACACUCGUGGGAAUUAGAAAUAAAUGAAACGGCGACAACAUUGAUCAACGACUAUGGUACGGUUUAUAAACCGGUGAAACAUAUUCAGAUCAUUACAUCCGACAUUUUGGUACUGAGUUUCAAUGAUGUGUUAUCUCCUGGUCUGUACAUCUUGAAUAUGAAAUUUGCCGGUAACCUAUUAGAUUCUUCCCAAAAACAGGGAUUCAUGAAAUUUUCGUAUUUAUCCCCUAAAGGAAAUACCAGGUGGUUAGCUGUAACACAUUUCGGACCGAAUGGGGCCAGACGAAUGUUUCCAUGUUGGGACGAACCGGCAAUAAAAGCCACUUUCAGCAUUUCCGUAACACAUCAUGAGAAAUACAGUGUACUGUCAAAUAUGCCAAUACGAGAACAACACAACGAACAAGAAAACAUGAUAUGGACACAUUUCGAGACCACUCCUGUAAUGUCCACUUAUAUCGUAGCGAUUGCAAUGUCUGAAUUUGUUCGCGGUCCUAACGCAAACGGAACCAUCAAUAUGUGGUAUAGAUCAAUAACUUUGACAUCGAAAGUAAAAUUCGGACACAGUACUGCUGACAAGAUUGUAAAAUUCUUGAAUCGUUAUACUACUAGUUCCCAGAAGGUACCGAAAAUGGACCACGUCUUGAUACCGAAUUUUGUAGUUGAUGGCAUGGAAAAUUGGGGUCUCAUCACUUACGAUGAAUCAAAUAUUAUUUACGAUGAUGACAGAGAUCCAAUGUUAAAAAAAAUAGAAAUAGCGUUGUUAAUAGCGCAUGAACUUGCACAUCAAUGGUUUGGCAAUUUGGUCACUCCAUAUUGGUGGAACUACCAGUGGUUAAGUGAAGGAUUUGCUUCGUUCUUCCAAAUGUACAUAAUCAACAAGAUUUUCAAAGAUUGGCGGACAACAGAAAUAUUUAUGUUUCAUGAAAUACAGCAAUGUUUUUUAAAAGAUACAGAGUUUUCAAAUUCUGUUAUAAUGAAAUAUGGUAUUAAUUUUGAAGAUGACUCAUUGAAUUCCUAUGUAAACAAAAAAGCGUCAGUUUUAUUACGCAUGUUACAAAACAUAAUUACUGAUGAGGUAUUUCGAAAUGGAGUCAUUAUAUUCUUGACUAAACAUCAGUUUCACUCGGUUACUCCGGACGAUUUGUGGAGCGCCAUGCAAAGUGCUCUAAACCAAUCUGAUAUUCCUCAUGAAGAUUACAAAAUAAAAGAAGUAAUGGAUACUUGGAUGAACCAAGAGAGUUAUCCUUUUGUACAUGUGGAGAGAAAUUAUGAAACUGGUGAAGUAACGAUAUCAAAAAUAUGUGUAAAGCAAUUUGAAGAGAUUAGUUGUGCGAAUAAAUGGUGGAUUCCUAUAACUUUUGCUACACAGUCCAAUCCAGAUUUCUCCAAUACUGUACCUCGUUACUGGUUACGACCAGAUCAACAUAAUAUAAGUUUUACAAUUGAUCCAAAUGAUUGGAUUAUUGUCAAUUUACAACUAACUGGAUACUAUCGUGUUAGUUACGAUAACGAAAAUUGGCAAAAAAUUGCAAAUUAUUUAAAUAGUAAGGAAUAUGAAAACAUACACGUUCUUAAUCGUGCUCAGAUUGUCAUUGAUUCGUUCAUAUUGAUAUUUGAUGAUCGAAUAAGUGCCUUAUUAUUCCUUCAACUAAGUGGCUACUUAUCGAAGGAAAGAGAUUAUGUGGCAUGGCAAUCGUUGUUCGAAGUUAUAGAACAUAUACCGAAGACUCUUUUACUGCCGGAAAUGAGACAUUUCAAGAUACACAUUCAACAAUUCCUCGAUUGGCUUCUUCGGAACGUAAAAUACGUAGAAGAUCCUAAUGAUAACGAUGUUACAAAAUUGAUAAGGAUAAACGCAUUAAAAUGGGCAUGUGUUGUUGAUAAUGAGGAAUGCAAGAACAUGACCGUACAUAAAUUAAGUAGACAUCUUGCGAAUCCCAAAACCUACACAAUUUCACGGUGGGAAAAAUAUGUAUAUUGUACCGGUAUGAUGACAGCCAAUAAAACUACUUGGGAUAAAAUGUUCGAAUUAUAUGUAAAAGGAGAACUAAAACACCACGAUAGAGAAUUAUUGAAAGGUUUGAGUUGCGCUAGAGAUCCUGAUAUCAUCAUCAACUAUUUAAACAUAUUAGCACUAAAUACCUCAUUAUUUAACAAUGAUAAGCAUUCUCUUGUCUUUAAAUAUAUUCUUGAACAGCAUGUACGAAACGAUAUAAUCCUUGAUUACGUAUUAGAAAAUUUAAAGAUUAUAAAACCUAGAUUACUUACUACACUUGCAGUGAUAAAAUUAAUUCUUGAGAAUAUUUAUUCUCUUGAACAAAUAGACAAGAUUUUCGCAUUGCGGACAAUACAUCUUCUUGAAAUUGAAGACAUACAACAAUGUUUAUUUCAAGAUACAAUAGGGUCAUUGAGUUCUGUCACGUUGAAGCUUGGCAAUUCCCUUGACAAACUUUCGUCGAAGUAUUCUACUGAAAUUUACAAAAAAUCGUUUGUUUUAUUACGCAUGUUACAAAAUAUAAUUACCUAUGAGGUAUUUCGAAAUGGUCUCAUUAUAUAUUUGGACAGACAUCAGUAUAGUUCGGUCACUCCAGACGAUUUAUGGAGUGCCAUGCAAAGUGCUCUAAACAAAUCUAAUAUUCCUCAUGAUGAUUACAAAAUAAAAGACGUGAUGGAUACUUGGAUGAACCAAGAGCGUUAUCCUUUUGUACAUGUGGAGCGAAAUUAUGAAACUGGCGAAGUAACGAUAUCACAAAUACGUGCUCGACAAUUUGGAGAAACUGAAAAUAAAACUACUAAAUGGUGGAUCCCUAUAACUUUCGCUACGCAAUCCAAUCCGGAAUUUUCCAAUACUGUACCUUAUUGUUGGUUACAACCAGAUGAACAAAGUAUAAGCUUUAUAAUUAACCCAGAUGAUUGGAUUAUUGUUAAUUUACAAUAUACUGGAUAUUAUCGUGUUAGUUACGAUACCAGAAAUUGGCAAAAAAUUGCACAAUUCUUAAAUACGAUGGAAUAUAACAAUAUACACGUUCUUAAUCGUGCUCAAAUUAUUGCUGAUUCGCAUGCCAUGGUAUUGGAUGAUCGACUAGAAGGCCAUUUACACCUUCUACUGACAGGCUAUCUCAAGCGAGAUAACAAUUAUGUGGCAUGGCAACCACUGUUUCACAUUAUAGAAACUAUGCAGAUGCCUCUUUUACUGCCAGAAAUGAUGCACGUCAAGAAUUACUACAGUUACCUUCUUCACGAGCUUUUUAAACACAUAAGUUAUGUAGAAGAUCCUGAUGACGGCGAUGUCACAAAACUGACAAGGUUAAUUGCCAUGAAAUGUGCAUGUGAUCUUGGUAUCGAAGAAUGUAAGAAAGUGACCGCACUUAAAUUAAGUAAACAUAUUAUGGAUCCUAAUACUUACAAACUUCGACGAGGAGAAAAAUUUCUAUAUUGUACUGGCAUGAUAGCAGCCAAUAGGACUACUUGGGAUAGAAUGUUCGAAUUAUGUUUAAAUGGAGAACUAACAGAGCAAGAAAACAGAUUAUGGUUGAAAGGUUUGAGUUGCGCUGAAGAUCCUGAUAUCAUCAUAAAUUAUUUAAAAAUUUUAGCAUCAAAUAUUUCAUUAUUUCGCGAUGAUGUGCAUUCUGACGUCUUCAGAAAUAUUCUUAAGAGGCACGUGUGCAACAAUAAAAUCUUUAAAUACAUAUUAAACAAUUUUGAGAUGAUAAAACCUAGAUCACUUAGUACACCUACAUUGAUAAAACUUAUACUUGACAACGUUAAUUCUUUUAAUCAAAUUGACAAGGUGGAAAAAUUUUCACAAACUAAUUUUAAUGAAAAUUCAAACACAUUGUCUGAAAUUAAAAAACUGAUAGCCUAUAGUAAAGAAUAUCUUAGGAAAGUCACAGCCAAUGUUAAAAGACAGUUUAAAAAUUACAUUUUUAAAUUACGGACACAGCAUCUACUUCAGAUUCAGGACAUACAACGAUGUUUACUUCAAGAUACUGUAGGCUCAUUAAAUUCUGUCACGUUGAAAUUUGACAAUACUCUUGAUCAAUUUUUGUCGCUGUAUUCUGUUGAAAUUUACAAAAAAUGUAAGAUUAGUCAGUUUAACUCGGUCACUCCAGAUGAUUUGUGGAACGCCAUGCAAAGUGCUCUAAACGAAUCUGAUAUUCCUCAUGAAGAUUACAAAAUAAAAGAAGUGAUGGAUACUUGGAUGAAUCAAGAGCGUUAUCCUUUUGUACACGUGGAGCGAAAUUAUGAAACUGGCGAAGUAACCAUAUCGCAAAUACGUGCCCGGCAAUUUGAAGAACCUGAGAAUAAAACUACUAAAUGGUGGAUUCCUAUAACUUUCGCUACGCAAUCCAAUCCGGAAUUUUCCAAUACUGUACCUCAUUAUUGGUUACAACCAGAUCAACACAAUAUAAGCUUUAAAAUUAACCCAAAUGAUUGGAUUAUUGUUAAUUUGCAACUUACUGGAUAUUAUCGUGUUAGUUACGAUAUCAGAAAUUGGCAAAAAAUUUCAAAUUUUUUAAAUACGAAUGAAUAUAGCAAUAUACACGUUCUUAAUCGUGCUCAAAUUAUUGCUGAUUCGCAUGCCAUGGUAUUGGAUGAUCGACUAGAAGGCCAUUUACACCUUCUACUGAUAAGUUAUCUUAGGCGAGAUAGAAAUUAUGUAGCAUGGCAACCACUGUUAGACAUUAUAGAAACUAUGCCGACGCCUCUUUUACUGCCAGAAAUGAAUCACGUCAAGAAACAAUACAAGUAUCUUCUCCACAAUCUUCUUCGGCAUAUGAAUUACGUAGAAAAUCCUGAUGAUGACGAUAUCACAAAACAAAUAAGAUUAACUGCCAUAAAAUGCGCAUGUAAUCUUGGUAUUAAGAAAUGCAAGAAAAUGACCGCACUUAAAUUAAGCAAACAUAUUGCGGAUCCCAAUACUUACAAACUUCGACGAGGGGAAAGAUUUCUGUAUUGUACUGGUAUGAUAGCAGCCAAUAGGACUGUUUGGGAUAGAAUGUUCGAAUUAUAUCUAAAUGGAAAACUAACACAGCAAGAAAACAGAUUAUUGAAAGGUUUGAGUUGCGCUGAAGAUCCUGAUAUCAUCAUAAAAUCACUUAAUGCACCCGCAAUGAUAAAACUUAUUCUUGAAAACGUUUAUUUUUUCAAACAUAUU